AUGUUAUCCAUCCGCAAGGACAACACGACUGGCUACAAGAAGUGUGACCUUCUACCGCCCAGCAGCAAGAAGUUCAAGGCGCAGGUGAGGGAUGGCGGGAAGAUGGUCCACCUCGGCUACUUCGACACCGCCGAAGAGGCGGCCACCGCCUACGCUCGCUCAGAGUGCGGCCGCGCCGACGCCGCCAAGCUACUGCAGCCUCACCCGGCUCCCACUGCCGCUGGCCUCGAGGCGAUACGGCAAGCGGAGAGGGAGGGCCUCACCCUGGUCACCAGCGGCAGCACCAGCACCAGCUACAAAGGCGUGACCUUCUACCCGAAGGAGCGAGGAAGCAAGAAGUACAAGCUGCAGGCAGUCAGCCAGGCGGGGAGGGAGGGCCUGAGUCUGGCUACGAGCGGCAGCAACAGCGGCUACAAAGGCGUGACCUUCUGCCCGAAGCAGAAAGGCAGCAAGAAGUACCAGCUGUCGGUGUGGGUUGGCGGCAGGCAAGUCUUCCUCGGCAUGUUCGCCACCGCCGAGGAGGCGGCGCUGGCACGCGCAGCAGGGCCGUCCGAGGCCAGCAGCGUCGAGGAGGAGGACGGCUUCGACCCAGCGGACAUUGCCGACGCCGCGGUGAGGGCGGGGGCGGCGGCGAUUUGUGUUGCCCCGCCGUGCGACGACGAGGUGAAGGCGGAGGUGGAGAGCUAUAGCGAGGAGGAGUCGGAGAUGGAGGACGACUCUUCUGACGCCCACUGCGAUCAUUUGCCGCCAAGUCAUAUCGUUGCUCAGGGACACAAUGAGCUCGCAUACAAGUGCUGGUACGCACAGCUCGACGCGUACUCGAAUGCUGCCACUGUCAUUCUAGCCGGCGAGCGGCGGCGUCACAGCGUCGACUCUCGCAUCGCGAUGAGACGGACUGCUUGCCCAGACGCGCGCCUUGGCGCGCUCCUGUGGUGCAGGAGGAAGGUCAGCGGCGGCACCCUUCCGAUCGUUCGCCGAUGUCCGAAACCGGGGUCGUACUAA